AUGAGCUCCGAGGACACAGCAGCCUCCAGCAAAGCGUCCCCGCCGGAGGACGAUGGCAUGACGUGGUGGUACCGGUGGCUUUGCAAAAUUGCUGGUGUGCUGGGAGGAAUAUCAUGUGCCAUUGCGGGAGUGUGGAACUGUGUCACUGUGAACCCUUUAAACAUCGCUGCUGGAGUGUGGAUGGUAUUGAACGCCUUCGUAUUGUUCCUGUGCGAGGUGCCCUUCUGCUGCCAGUUCAUUGAGUUCGCCAACGCUGUGGCAGCCCGCGCCGACCGCUUCCAACCCUGGCAGAAAGCAUUCUUCUACUGCGGAAUGGCACUAUUUCCCAUAUUCCUGAGUUUCACCUUCACCACACUGUUCGGGAACGCCAUCGCCUUCGCCACUGGGGUCCUCUAUGGCCUUGCUUCUUUAGGGAAAAAGGGGGACGCUGUGACGUACGCCCGGCUGCAGCAUCAUAAACAGAGCGACGAGGAGAGAAUGACCGGCACCACCGAGUAA